AAAAUUUCCAAGUGACAGAUAUGACGUGGCAUAAAAGAAUGUCAAGAAAUAUAUUGCGAAAAAAUUGCUUCUUCGAAUAAAUAAUAUUAAAGUUUUGUUCAUUAUUCGAUACGGAAAACAAUGAGCCUUUUGGAGUUGGAAUGGUGGGUGUACCUAUUUAUAGUGUUGACUUUCUUCAUGGUCUGCCUAGGCCUCAACUAUGUUGUCAAGAAGAUUAAUGAAACAAAGAUCGAUGAACGGUUCAUUAGAAUGCUCCACAAAGCCUCCACCACACAAUCGACACAAGUCACCGGGCCCCUAAUUGUUAUGGAAACAACCAGAGCAGCUCAAAGUAGUAUCAAAACACCCUCACCUAAAGGCAUUUCCCUUGUUUUUGAUCAGGAAGAAAACAAACGGAGAAAGGAUCUCGAAGACACGAUGAACAUCAUAAAAAACUCGAUGUUCCAGAAGAAAUUCGAUGCUUUAUCUCUAAACACUAACGCUUCUGUAGAACACAUUGAUGCUAUACCCCUUAUACGAAGCACUCGAACUGUUAAUGACAUUCCCCUUAAAAUUAGUGAAACAUCGCGAAAUGCAACGGAGAAAGAAACACAUGAUACUAAAAGUAAUUCAAACAUAACUGGUAAAGUACUUGUCAAAAGAAGUGAAUACGCGCCAGGUGUUACUAAAGAGUCUUCAAUAUCUAAUGAAAUUGAUUGUUACAAGACAGACUUAGUAAAUAUUGAAAGAAAUGAAUAUGGUCAUGUUACCACAAGACCAACUACGUCUGUGAACCGAAGUGAUUCCAAGAUUCAUGGCCUAUUUUAUAUGGGCGAUGACAGUCGUAUUGCAGAUUCAGGAGCUAAUGCAACAUUCGCAGGUAAUGGUAACCCAGUCCAAAAUAUUCCAGUAAGAGUACAUCAAGAACGUGAACACAAUGAAGUUGAAACAACAUUGUCUCGUACAAGACAUAGUUUCAAUGGAACUCAAAGUACAUCUCAAAAAAGAGAGUUUGAAAACAAAAUCUCCAGAAAAAGUUUUCCAAACAUUUUUAAAAAUGCUGAAGAUUCAGGAUUGACAAAAAUAGUACAUAAUAUAGUUUCAAAGAUAUCUUCUAAUGUUGAUGCAAGAGACAACACAACAGACAUAAAAGCUAAGAAAAUUACUCUUGAUAGAGAACCUGCAACUAACGCUCAAGUAAAUUCUAUUGAAAAUAAAGGAAUGCACCCAGAACAGCGCAAUAUUUCAAGACGUCCGUCUUCUACGAGCCGGUCUGAACGUUGUUUGACUGAAGUUAUUUCUAUGAAGCAAAAUGAACCGGGCCUUUCUGUUACCAAAGCAAGUACAAAUAUCCUUGGUGAUCAUUUAAAAAACGGUUCGAAAAUAGAAAAUAUUAGAAAAUGUGAAUCUGUUAAAAAAUAUAAUAUUGUUACAGAAAUAGAACCUGUAACUGCGAACGACACUUCGGCAAGUCGAAAUGACCGUAGUCUAUCUAUUGUGUCAAUGAAGUUAAAAGAUUUGAAGGAUAAGCCUAAAAUAGAAUUAUUAAAUACCCGUGAAACUGCACAAAUAGGUAAGAAAAUUCAUAAUUUACAGAGUGGCUCUUGUAUAGACGAAGGCACAAAGACGAAGACCAUAGAAGAAAAUCAAUCAGAACAUAUCGUUAUUGAAGAGAUAUCUGAUAUCCAAAACGAUAUUAACAUCACCGUAUCAGAAAAUAAUAACAAAAGUAAUCCUAAAAAGUCGUUCAUUGAGGAAAGAUCAAAAGCUCAAACUAAUCUUUUAAUAUCCGAAACUGUGGAAAACAAUGACACAGAACACAACCCUGUUAGAGAAACAACGAGUCCUGGAGUUGGAAGUGUCUCAAAAAUUCAAGCAGACACCGCUAAACUAUCUGGACUUACGGGUAGUACAACACAAAAUUUACCAAGUAUGGACCGCAAGACUGACAAUAAUAGUAUUUUAAAUGUAUCAUUAAAAAUUGCAUCAGACUAUUCUAAUCUCAUUAAAAGUUGUUUAGAGUCAACAUUUGAAACCGUUUUGUCAACAAAACCAGCUAUUCAAAAUACAUUUUCACAAACCGACCAUUGCGAUUGCGAAACUGAGGAAGUGGUUAACAAACAAAGCUCCAAUAUACAGAGUGAGCGUAAAGUAACCGAAACAAAAGUGUUUAUAAGUAAUGACUCUAAGGGCAGCCUUUUGUAUGACUCGUCCCAGAAUCGAAACUGUGUGGAUGAUACAAUCAACCCUUCACGUACACCCAACAUAAACGAAUCGAAUACAAUUAAAAACGAACACAACACUACAGAAAACAAUAUUAAAGAAGGUGAAACAAGUAAUAAAGGAAAUACUAAUAUCAAUUCAAAUACUGAUGAGAAUGUUGCUAAUAACGAAAGUAUUAAAUCGGAAUCAGUACAUACAGAUUCUAUUCCCAUAAUUUCUAGUGACAACAUUUACAGUAACAGUCAUAGCGAUCGAAAUGUAAUUCAAUUUAGACUUGAUAAUAUGAAUAAACUCCUAUACACGCCGCGCAGUAAAAAAGGUGAUGAUUUAUCAAGAAGUUCUUAUAAAACGUGUGAAUUUGAACAAAAUGGAUCCAAUUAUACUUUUCAGUCAAACAGUGAUUAUAAAACUAUUAAUGAUUAUAAACAUGCGUUACUUAUAAAGUGUCCAUUUUGUCCUCCAGGUGAAAUGGAUUCCUCCAAAAUCGGACUCCCGUGUGCAGUCAGUGAUUAUAAUAUAAGCGAAUACAUUUCAAGUGAUACUGAUCAGACGGGGCAGACAACCAGUGCAAGUUUUGAUGUUUCCACAUCUAUAAUUGAUGAUGAAAAUACAAAUGCAUCUAACAUAAAUUUAAUGGCGAAAGAAUUAGCGGAACCAAGUAACUCUUCUAAAGAUGAAAGUGGUCCAUCACAUACUACAGCUGCAACAGGGAAUGAAACCACAAUAAAGGACAGAAUAAGAGCUUUAUUAUUCCCACCAUUUAUCAACGAAGACGCCAUAAUUUUAAAACCAAUUCCAAAAAAGAAAUAAUGUCAUAUUUUAUUUAAUGUUUGAUGUGUAUGUGUACUGUUUAGUUGUAAUAAUUUUGUAAAUACUAAUUUAGUCUUGUUUCGCAUUUAAAGUGUGUAUAAAUGCUUUGGUCAGGUAACAUAAUAGGAUUAAACUGAACAUAAGUAAUAUACCUACUCUU